CAUCAUCGUUAUUAUCGAUUUUCUCACGAUCACUUAUCAGCAACAAUGAGAUACGUUUACACGUGCAUUAUCGAAUUUCUCGUAUACGUGCAUAAUAUCCUAUAUCUUGUGUUUUCAAAACGAACGAAACGACGAAGAAAUCUAAAAAAACAAACGUGUGACAGAUAAAACGUAGCAUUAAUUGUAAGGCGUGUCGAUUGGCGUGGUCAGGAAACGACAGCGAUAGAAAAAGGAGAAAAAAAAUAAAGGAACUUGAGUCACGGUGGAAUUACGCCAUAAAUUUCGCCCACCUUGGUCGCCAACGUCAGAGUAGCGGGCGUUUCGUUCGGACAAUUUCCCCGUUACGACUUUCCUUCGUGGCGGCCUUCUCCUCGCCUCUAUUCCUACAUCGAGGCGUCACGUAUCGACGUUUCGACGUGUCGAUACUGCUGGCCCGCUGUCCUGUCGCCAUCCAAACGUCUCUCCAGCCUAUCUCCAUCCUUUCGCCGAUAUCCAAAUUUCCCGCGAAAUUAACGGAAAUAACGGAUACGAGGUGGUACAGUGCGGUUACAAGUGAAAUUAUACAGUGUAAUAUGGUGAUCAUGGACAGUGAGCGUUGACGAUUGUUGUUUCUGCCAGAAGAAGAAAAAGAAGAAGACGCACGUGUGCGAGUAGACUUUCGAUUCGACUUUCUAUUAUUUUCCGUCGGAAUUUUUCUACUCGAACGUCGAAUUCCGUGUCAAAUUCAUUCUCGAUUCGAUCGGAACGAGCGAUUUCGAUAUAUUCGCAUUCCCCUGUUAUUUUUCUCGCUCCCAUCUAACUAUAUUCGCUCAACAGUGUGUGCAAACUUCGAUCCGGUCGAGACCAGUCACUCCGGAUCCGGAUAAUCGACUUGGCGAUGGAUAAAUCGUUUAAAAAAAUAUCUUCGUAACGUUCGUACGUUGUGUUAUGUGUAUUAUUCCAGCAAACUGUUAUUGGAACGUGCGGAUCGGAAGCGGAUCGGAAGAGGAUCGGAAGAGUGGGACAAACAAACUCAAGAAGCUCGACAAGCAAAAAGGUAGAGAGAGAAGGAAGAAAGGAAGGAAGGAAGGAAGGAAGGGAGCAAAAUGAGGAUAACUUGCUUACUCUUUGGCCUCUCGUUGCUGUUGGCUUACGUGAACUCCAGUCCUAUCGUCAAGAGGGAAACGGAGCCCGUCGAGCUCAAUCCAUUGAACGAGAUAUACGUGGUGGAGGCCGAGGAUGACCGAGGGGACGAGGAGAGGGCCGACAGGGACAAGAGGAAGAUCGCUGUGGCGAAGCUGGGUGUAUCCAACGGCAUAAUCAACUUCGUCUUCAACAAGCUGGAUUCUUUGAUCGACGCGAAGACGAAAGCUCUCACCGACCUGGACGAGACGAACAAAAUAAAGAACAAGGCUUACGGAAUCGACGUGAACAAGUCGGCAACCAGCAAGUUCAUCGGCGAGCUGGUGAACGCGAAAAUUCAAUCCGCGACAGGAAGUAUCGGGCCGGUGGUGAGCACGGCCCAAAACUUCUUCUCGAACACGAAGAGCGGAUUGACGAACGCGUUCGUCUCGAAGUUGGCCCCGCUCAGCUCCAUCGCCUCCGGUUUGAGCUCUCCAUCCUCCAAUGGGGAGAACAAGGAGAAUCUCGAUACCAAAGCGUCGAACGCGUUCAGCUUUCUAGGAAACAUUUUGAACGCCCAGCUCGGCGCGUUGUCGAACUCGAAGGGUCUUUCUAGCGAUUCAAGUAUAUCCGAAGGGAUCUCGACCACGACGGAGGAUAUCCCCGAAUUCGAUAGAACGAAGGUGAACUUGGACAUACCCCCAGUCGUGUUCGGUAGCGGUUUCACCACUAUCACAAAUAUCAGCAAAAUCCUGAGCAACGUGAUCACCAACUCGGCCCGUCGAACGCAAACGUUGCUAGAGGUGUUCAAACCGUUCUUCCGUGGAGUUUUCGCAAUCAAGGGCCUUCCUUCGGAUAAUCCCCGCUAGAAGAUGGCCCACUAGAGGAGGAUCAUUGCGGUGCUAGGAUCGACUGCCAUUUCACCGAAGGAUUUCCAGGAAGAGUCUUCUGUUUCGAGGGUGCUGAGGAGGAAUCGAAUGGGAUCCGUGCCAAAUAGCCUGCGAAUGAUAGUCUAGAUAGAAUACGAAUUUUAGGACAAUCGUAAUCAAUCGUGUUGCGUAGUUAAAGGUGAUUGUUAGAAAGGGGGAAUCAUUUUUGUAUAUCCCAUCCCUUGCGCCAGAACCACGAAAUUUCCUCUUUGCGCGUGAAAAAAAUAUUUCUAUUCGAAUAUUUAUUAACUUAUCAAAUUUCCUCUGCGAUGCUGUCAAAAAUAUCGAUCAUUUUACUUUAUAUACAAAUUAUCGAAUAAUUUCGUGGUUCUGGCGUCAGCGGCGUGAAAUGUAUAAAUAUUUAUGCGGCCUCUGUGCCGUUCACGGGUGAUCAAACUUGUUGUUUCCUUUCGUACGUAAAUUCGUUGCCAUAAAUUGCGACAGAACUGUUUGCCAGAACUGUAGCUCGCGUGCCGUGAAAUGUACGUACAACGAUGUAAUAUUUUUACAUCACUGCUGUUUAAGUGUAAUGUUCGCUCGAUGGUGAAAAUGAACACGUGUUGCUUGAUUUAGAACUUGUUAAUUGUGUUUUCGAUCAACGUGUAAAAUAAACGUGCG